AUGGUUGCCAUGUUCUCCUUGCAUACGUUCACGUCUAUCGUCGCCCUCGCCUCCUUGUCGGCCUUUGCCGCCCCUUCACCACGCGAUACCGCGGCCGACUUCGACCUCCCGACGGGAUGUAGUGUCUCUGCAUCGGUCCUACAGGACUUGUUGCCCUCGAACCAGACCGCUCUCAUCGCUCCUUCCUCUGCCCCGAGAUUCGUGGCGCUCGGCGUGGGUGUGCAGAACUACACCUGCUCGUCCACUGGCACAUUCAGCAAUAUCGGUGCCAUCGCAGAGCUCUUCGACAUCUCUUGCAUCGCCAGUGAGCCUGUACAGCUCAAGGCUUACGAGGGAUGGUCUGCCUCGUCACAAACUGCGCUGGAGUUCAUCGAUACCAUUGGACACCGGUCCUUCGUACUCGGGCAACACUACUUCAUCGCAAAUCCAACUGCUGGAGGUGCCAACGAGCCUAAGUUCGACUUCACGAACGAUAGACUCGCGGGUGACACGCAGGCUUUCGCGGUCUCGAGUAGAGCUGGGGACAUCGUUGCGCCCACGGGCUCGGGGGACAUCGACUGGCUUCUGCUGAACACGACGAGCGGCGACCUCGCGCAGCAGAUUUUCCGUAUUGCUACCGUAGGUGGUACAGAUGCCAGUGCCUGUACAGCUGGUGAGACGGCGAGCGUGAAAUACGUUGCCAAGUACUUUUUCUAUUGA